AUGAUCAUAAUGAGUUUUAUUCUUAUUAUUAUUUUAUCUAUUAUCUUGCAGUGAGCACUUGCAUAGGGUGUACACCAAACCAAAUCUUCCGUUUCAAAAUUGGUAAUUCCAACAUUAUCCAGAAAUAUGAACAAUCCCUUUUUUCAGAAAACUUAAAGAUUGCUACCGCGGUGGAGCAGUGUGAGGUGGGGAGGAGCUUGGGAGGAGGGGCAGAGAUGAGAGAAAGAAAUGGCGAAACAUCAACAAAAUAUGAGAUGAUCGAGAACUCACCUCCUCCCACCAGCAUGGAAGAACCAAAGGGGAAAAUAUACACAACAGGGGUUCCAGGAAAAGCUGUUGGACACAGAAAACUAAUGAGAAAAAAUAGUAGACCUAAGAGUUUGGGCCUUCGAGACUCUACAUCUGGUAAUAUUGAUGUUCGGAACAGGAAAAUUUCAAUGAAGGAUAUAAAACAAAUCCUACCAACCUUUCUUAUUCUACUCUUUACUCUGGUUGUCAGUCUUACCGUCAUUCCAUACGCAUUCUCUACUGUCAUUAGUCAAUUGAAAGCAGUUGAGGAGCUUGAAGCAUGGCAAGCAAUGAAGGCAAUGAACAACUCAAAUUGUUCAUCAACAAAUGAAGAAUCUUGAAGACUAAACAGCUUUCAUAAUUUAAAAAAUUAUAUAUUUUAAAAUAGUGCUUUAACCCUUUCGCACCCAAGAGGCCAUUAAUAUAGUAGAAAUAUAUAGUAACAGUGUCAGAAUUUAAUGAAUUUGAGCGACUUCUCAAAUCCCACAAAAACCGGUUUCAAUUGAGCGCCGGCUUAAAUCUUG